GGCACCUCAAUUUCCACAGUUGCGUUUUCAAAGCAUAUGACUUGUCCCUCACCACCUCAGUAAGUAUUUGGUACAGACCUUAGUGAAAUAUAAAAUAUGACCCUAGUCUUCAGACUAGGUAUGUUUGACUACUCACUACGACGAGAUCAGCAAUGCAAUUGAUUUUAUUAGCUCCUCUUUAUUACUAUUGUACCCCGACCUCCAUGUCAUUUUUACUAUUUUAUUUAUCUUUUUUACUGCCAAGACAUGACCAGCAUGGAUUAGCCUGUCAAUGAAGAACAAAACAAGAGUGGGGCAAUACACAAUCUGUAUAUAUUAUUCCUAAAAGAAACUACAGUAAACAAGUGGAGGACAAUAUGAUAAAACAAAAUUAACACAUAUCUUAUUAUUGUUCCAUAAUAUUAUUAACGUUAAUUAUUUUUGGUAGUAGAAAGGAAGUUACACAGGAAAACUGUAAAUAUGCAUGCAUUGUUGAUCAAUCUGCAAACAUAUAUAUUCGGAUUUGUUGAAGUGCAUAAAAAAGGAUAAGAUAGAAAUACAUUAUACUUCAGAAGUACGCCAAUCAUUACCAUAUAUAGUUAUUUUUCUGUUUCUUUUUUAACCUCUAAUCAAGCUUUCACGCAAAUCUUGUUUCUAGGUAUCAGCAGAUCGCAGUCCAUUUCAGGGUUUAAAGUCUCAAGCUCUUCAACGUCCAUGUUAUAGUCUGCCGCUAUGUUAUAGCAAAUGUCGCCUUUUUUUAUUUUGUAGUAUUGACUACAGGACGCCUCGUCAUCUGACCCUGUUCAAUAUUUAAUCCAAGACACAAAGCCAAAAAGAUCACAAUGAUGAUCACAAAGAAAUAUAUUGAUCGACGACAUCAAUAUCACAAUUGUAAAUUCGUCAAAGGUUUACUUAACCAUACCAUGUAAAGAUUCAAUUCUUUACCAUCAAUUAAAAUCACUUUUCAAUUUUCUUCCCAUCAAAACCCAUAAGAAAUUCACAGAGCAUCUCUUUCUUUUGGAUUUCUGUCACUCGGGUUGGCAAAGCCAGCUACUUGGGUUGCCGGCUCAGGAAGAGCGGACGUGGAACUCGGGUAUUUGUUUCAAUAUACAAUCAUAAAUAUCAUAUUUUGAUUAUUCAAAGCUAUUCCACUCUGCGAUUGAUGUCCUUCUAUAGUUUUAUAUAAGAGAAGAUUAAUUUGUUGAAGAGUUCUCUUUGAUUUUCGAAGCUUAAAAAGUCGGAAUAAAAGAACAAUGAGCAUCACGAACUUGAGACGACAUGCAUAAAAAAAAAACUUACUGCUAGUUAUAAGAAAGCCGAUGAGAAAAAUGAGCAUCACGAACUUGAGAUUAGCCUUGCCCAUCAUCAUGAUAAAUCGAAUAUAUAUGUGACUCUCAGGAUAUCUUAAUCAGUACUCUCGAUCUCUCUUCCUUAUACUUGUUCUUCUUUGUAAGAUUGAGUGAUGAACUUGGGAAAACCACCUCCUUUUUUAUACCAUCAGAGCCGAAGAAACUACAAAAAAACUAGCAAUUUCAAUCCAUCUAUCUUUGCAAUGUAUUGCUAAUGUCGUUUACGAUUGCACAAAAUUUCAAACAAGACAGGCCAUUGAAAAAAGCAUCGUUUGAUCAUGUAAUUAAGUGGAUGUUGUUGUUGGACGUUAGUUUAGUGGGGAUUCGGCAGCAUACAGUAGCCGCGCGUGUGCUUAAUUGGGAUUUGGGCAUAGGCCUGCAAAUUGGCGGUGUCGCCAUGGGAGGAGUUUUGAAUGUAUAAAAUUCUGAAGUGUUGUAACCAGCCAUGCAACUUAUUUGCCAGCUAUGUACUAUAUUCUAAGGACCACUUGGACUUGGUUCCCUUUCUACAGCAUUGUUAUACUUUCGGCUGAAAAUGGGGGAUUUUUUUGAUGAAUAAAUGUAAUUGGUAUUUAAUAUAUAGAUAAAUGAGAGUCGACCAAAACAAGAACUAACCCACCUUGUUGAUAGACCUCAUUUAUAGGGGUCGAUCGAGUGGGUUUGGUUAGGUUCAUUGGGUUACGGGUUCAAUCGGGUUACGGGUCAUUUGGGGUCUUGUUCAUUGGGCUACGAGCUAGUUGGGUUGCAGUCUUGCAGGUCAUUCGAUCAGGUUCAAGUUCAUCGGGUUAUAGGUCAUUUGGGUUAAGGGUUCAAUCGAAUUAUGGGUCAUUCAGUUUUUGGGUUCGAGUUCAAUCGGAUUAUAGACAAGUUGAUCGGGUAUGGGUUCAUCAGGUUCCGGUCAAGUGGAUUACAGUUAAUCGGAUUGCAGGUAAUCACUUUAUGGGAUAAUCAAGUUGCCGGUUGAUGGCUUACGAAUCAUAUUAAACAAAGAAAAUAAUUUUUGAUUACUAACAAAUGGAAAAAUCAAUAAUAAAGGAAUUGGGAAAAAGAUAAAUUUUAGAACACCACAACUCAAGAUUCAUACCAUAUCAAAAUUUCAAAAUUCAUAUUUGAAAGUACCAAAAUUGUAGAACACCAAAAAUGUGAAAGCACCAAAAUUCUUCGUUCUUUUUUACUAAAAAACUGAAAACACCAAAGCCCCCUCUUUCCCAUUCAUAAAUUAAAAGCAUUUAAAUUUUCUCUUUUAAAAAACCCAACACACCAUUUUUUUCUCCUUCUAUCUCUUCUACAAAAUUGAAAACAUCAUAAUUCGCAUUUUUCUUUUUCUUCCGAAAAUUGAAAAACUCAAAUUUCUCACUUUUCUAUUCUCAAAAAGUUGAAAACACCAAAAAUAAUAUAUUAUUUUGAGAUAGUCAAAUGGUUUAUAUAUAAUGGAUAGCUUUGUGAAAUUUUUUAAUUAACUAUAAUUUAAUUUAUAUAUACUAUAUUCAUAUUAUACACGGUAUAAUUGUUAAUUAUUCAUAAAAAAUGGCUUCACCUAGAUUCCGGACCAAAACUUUAUUUGGUAAGUCUAUAUAUUAUAUAAUAUUAGUAAUAUUUUGUUAAGUAGGGCGGGUUCGGGUAGAGUGAAUUCGAUUACGGAUUAGUCGAGUUGUAGGUCAAUCGGGUUCAUGUUAGUCUGGUGGUGGGUUAGUCAGUUUACGGGUUGAAUAUAAUCGUGUUAUGGUCAAGUGAGUUGUGGAUUAAUGAGGUUAGGGGUCCAUCAGGUUGAAGGUCAUUCUGGUGAUAGGUUGUGAGGGUUACGGGUCACUGACGUUUUUUAAACUCAAGUUGAGGUCGGGUCGGGUUGAUCAGGGGAGUUAAUCGAGGCGGGUUCUGUUUUGGCACAUAUAACCUCAUUGAAAGAAAAGAAAAACAUACACUAAAACCUCUACUAAUUAGUUAUGAAUUAAUUGAUAAAUUAAUAAUAUAAUUAAUUUAAAAGAUUUUUAUAUGUAUAUAGUUAACAUAAAUGACUUUAUAAACCUCUAAUAAAAUUCUAACAUGUUGUGCCAAUUUUAUUUAGUACAAUUAUAAUUUGUUAGACUAGCUCCAAGCUUGUAUAUUAAAUUUAACACCUUCACUAUACUAAAUACCUAAUUUCCAUUAGCAAUUCAUAUUUUUACUCCUAUUCUCCAAUUAUACAACUCUCUAAUCUAAUAUCCUCACCUUUUCCCUUUAUGAUUUUUUACAUGAAUUUUACUUGUAUGUAUGCUAAUCUAUGUUUUUUUUACUUUAUGGUUUGUCUUUAUUUUUUAAAACAAGUCUUUCGAUAUAACUUUUAUUUAUUUCAGACAUACAUUUUUUUAAAGAAAAAUAAAAAAACAAUAUACAUAUAGAGUUAGUAAAUAAUCCAUUUAAUACACAUAUAUUAUAUGU